AUGCUCAAAAAAGAAACCUGGUCACGCAUUGCAAAUCGCUUUUUGCAGCCUACUGCGAGACUUGCCUAUGAAUCCCUGGCCCUAGGCUCGUCUAAACAUAUACAAGUGCUUUCAGGACUACGUGUUGAUGGUCAAACAAUCAUUGUUUGUACGGUCUGGGCUAUCUGGCGGUGUCAUUGGCGUUUUGUAUCUGAUGGUCGUACCUUCUGGCCCGAUGAAGCUGCUGCACGAGCAACGCAAGCAAUCAAGCGAAUACAUGAUGAGAAUAUCUAUAGAGAGCGUCUAAAAACAUCUCGCUCAGGUUAA